AUGAGUGAUACAAAUCUCAAUGAACCAUUUUCAAUGCUACCACAAGAUCAAAAUUACUAUCAGACAUCACCACAUACUAUGCACAGAGUGUCCGAGGACAACAUAAAGAAUUUUUUUAGUUACGUUGAUGAGAUAGAUGUUGUUUACAGAGAUGAGAUCAGGAUUUUCAAUCAAUUGUAUCCGAUCCAUCCAAGCAAUUCGCGUACGUACAACAGAAAUGACAGAGGCUAUAGGAAUCCGCCUCCGACACCACAACAAAACACUCAAAGAAACAAUUCGCACUACACUGGGGCAAAUCCAUUCAAUAUUAGGAGAAACAACUCACAGCAUUGGCAAGGAAACAGUAAUUAUUACUAUAAUGGUUAUCCGAACAGUAAUUACAAUCAGAACAAUAACAGUUAUAUUCAAAAUAACAACAACAGAAGAACGAACCGAAAUUAUAGAGAUCAAAGAAGAGACGAUAACAGGUACCAUCCAGGAUAUUUUCAGAGAAACAACAUCCAACAACAUCCAAACAUGUAUUGCAGGAAUAACAGUAAUGACAAUAUCAGUUACAGUCAUGGGCGAAAUAAUGUAUGGGGAAAUCACAAUGGACAACCGCCACGACACAUGCAAUACAGCAACCCUCAAUUUGUACCUAACGGAACUCCCAAUGCGACGAGGGGUAAUGUCAACAACCAAACAGCUGAUACAUGGGUGACGCGUGACAGAAACGUAAAUAUUAUUGAGUUGGGCAAUGAACCCAACCUGCAGCAACAACCGAAUUUGCCGGAAAACGAACGACGACCGAGCUAA